UCCUCCCCCCUCCUCCCGCAGAGACGAGAGAAAAUGUGAAAGUGUUGUUCUCUUCCAUCACUACCGUUUAAGAUGUGCAACACUUGGAUUUGAGCAGAAAUAAUCCAAUUGACAUCUAGGGUGCUUGUCGCCUCUCAUCACUGUGAUGCCACGAUGGAUUGGCUGAGCGACAACCUCACCGAGCUCCCUCCGGAGAAGCUGCAGCCUGACGAAAACGAGCCCCGGGACGAGCGCUUGGCUCGAGUGGAAGUCGCGCUCCUCUCCGUCAUCUUCAUCACAGCCGGAGCUCUCAACUCGGGACUCUUGCUGGUGUUAUGGAAGACAAGGAAGGAGCUUUCCAGGAUGCGCGUGUUUGUCUUCCACCUGUGCGUCGCCGACUUGGUGGUUGUCUUUUUCCAAGUUUGCCCGCAGCUCAUCUGGGACAUUACUGACCGCUUUGUGGGGCCAGACGUGCUGUGUCGCGCAGUGAAGUACCUGCAGGUUGUCGGUAUGUUUGCCUCCACUUACAUGAUCGUGGCAAUGACGGUGGACCGGUAUCGAGCAAUCUGCCAUCCCAUGGUCACCUUUCGGAGGCAGCGUGCACGCUGGAACGGGAUCGUAAGCGCCGCCUGGUGCGUCUCCUUUCUUGGCGGCAUCCCACAGCUUUUCAUUUUCUCCCGCCUCGAAGUGGCUCCGGGCGUGUAUGACUGCUGGGCCAUAUUUGUCACUCCGUGGGGCUUGAGGGCAUACGUGACGUGGACCACUUUGGUCAUCUUCGUCUUGCCCAUUCUCUCCGUGAUUGUGUGCCAAGUGCGCGUUUGUCACGCCGUGUACUCUUCCAACCUUCGCCUCAAGUCGCAGUACGUUCUGGAAGAGGACGUAAGCAAUGUGGUGAUAUCUGCCGGGGCUGGGUUGUCCAAGGCAAGGACCAAAACUGUGAAAAUGACCUUGGUCAUUGUGCUCACCUACAUCAUCUGCUGGACGCCUUUCUUCACCGUGCAACUGUGGUCUGUGUGGGACCAAGAGGCGCCCAUGGAAAAUCCAACCUUCACCAUCUUGAUGCUCCUAGCCAGUCUUAAUAGCUGCGCCAACCCUUGCAUCUACAUGCUGUUCAGUGCCAAGUUUCCCAAGAGGUUGACGGGCCUGUUUUCCAGAGGCCACGAAUCUCAUCGGCGUGCAACAACGCAGGAAGAACCAAUCAUGGUCAGUUCCCUUUUCAUCAAUCUCAAGAACCUGACAGAUUCCAAACCUUUAUCCGCCUCACCCACCUUUCUAGCAGAACAACAGUCUAAACUCUGCAAUAGGCAAUCUUUAAAUGAAGGUUAAAAAAAAAAAAAAAAAAAAAACUUAAUUUCAUUUUUUAUUUUUUUUGUAGUGCUGCAUUACACUGUGAAUAAGUCAUAGUUUGGCCCUCUAUUGUAGCUGUUUAGAAACAAUUCAAAUCUUAUUAAAUCUGUUUUGCAGAAUCAUGAACAUACUGUAGAUGUGUUCAUUCAUGCAGCAGAACUCAAUGUUGUAAGUAAUAAUAAUACGUUUUAUUUAUAAGGCCGCCUUUCAAGGCACUCAAGGUCAAAUGUAGCAUUCUUGUAAGUCCAACUGACACAGAGGGAGAUGGUGAUGAUCGCAGGUCCUCAGGAAGCUGCAGGAAUAUUAAUCAGUUUUCUAAGGGUUUUUUUUUGGGAGGGGGGAGCUUUUAAUUGAACUGUCACCCACAUGCAGCGUAUUGUACAAUAUACUGUAAGCGUUCAUAUUUGAUUGUACACUUCUAUAGCCUCUGUGUGUACGACUUAAGUUCAUAGCAAUGUUCCGAUUUGUGAUGUUGUGAACGUGCGCCAAUAAAUUAAGAUGAACACAAAA